AUGCAAGAUCUCCACAUAGUUCAACCGGCCUGUUGGGUUUUGCCAUGGUUCCCCGCCACAGCCGACAUCCAGCCGACAUCCAGCCGACAUCCGACUUUCGCUUCUAUUCUUCCUGUGCUGCUCUCGCUUUUGAUUUUCCUCUUCGCGUCGGCAGUCGGCAUAUCAUGUUAUCGUGGAGUGGAGAUGGAGAAUCCCCGGCGACACCUCGGCAGGGGAACGCGCCGGGAAGCACGCGUAGAUCUCGAUCAGGUUAGCUCGACCUGUCAUUCCAUGCCAAGAAGUAUAUGCAGGGGGCUAACAAUUUUAGGCUGUUUGCUGUGUCGCGCACGUAAGGUCAAGUGCGACGAGCGGUGGCCAACCUGCUCCAAUUGUGAGCGGCUGAGACUAGAGUGUCCUGGCCAUCCAAGUCAAGGUGGCUUUGCCACUAGAUUUCCCAGGAACGCCAGACGUGAUUCGACAUUGACUCAAGCUGGCACGACUCGUCAUCGAGUAUCGAAAUCAUGUUAUGCUUGUCGCGUUGCAAAGUCGAGAUGCUCCGGGGGGGACGCUUGUACGCGAUGCACCCGCAGGAAUCUGGAGUGCAUAUAUGGCAUAGAUCGUGUGAAGAACAGACAAAGCAAACCAACGUUGGAAUCUCAACAUGAGAUUCGCGGACUAUCAAAUCUCAAUGAUAUCCAGGGCAACCUACAUACGACCAAGUCUCACUUAGAGCUACCCACCGAAAUCACAUCUGACUCAAUGUCAUGGCUUCAUUCACCACACUUACCCGAUAAACAGCACAUCAUGAUCUUGGUGGAUCAAUAUUUUACUCAUGUUCACCCUUUGCGCUGCUUCGGCUUCGUUCAUAAGCCGACAUUUAUGCAGCGGUUGGACGAGGAUUUGGAUUCAUGCCGGAAUGAAGAGUCGCUUCUUCACGUUAUUUGCGCAUUGGGAGCAAAGUUCCUAGCUCUUGAUUAUAUCUCAAGACUCUCGCCGGAGUUGAUUCUCAGCGCCGGCAAUCAGUGGGCCAAAGUUGCUAAAUCUCGAAUAUUUGCCGAUUUAGACGAUCUGAAUAUUGAAAAGUUGAUGACUGCAAUUCUCCUUUAUGACCAUGAUCUUCGAGUGGGAAGCUAUGCAAGUGCGUUCAUUCUCAGUGGACUCACUGCUAGAAUCUCACAAGCUUUGCAACUCAAUCUCGAAAGCUCCGUCGACAUUCUGUGCGAUACCAAGUCCAAUUCUCCAAUUACUAAUGAAUCUAAGCGCCGCAUCAUGUGGAGUUGCUAUGUGAUGGAUAGCUGGGUGGGUAGUGGUGUCAACCAGCUCACUCUUCUUGAAGACAAAGACUUGAAGAUUCAGCUCCCCUGUCACAGCCACAAUUUCUCUUUAGGAACCCCAUGUAUCACGGAGGUCUUGGAAGAAGGAAGGGUGCUCGGAUUUAUUUCUCAAGAACAAAUCCAAUUCCGACCCGCUGAAAAUAUGGGAAUCGAGGCAUAUUUCAUUCGCCUGGUGAGCAUUCGGAAACGGGUUCUUCGAUAUGUCAAACACCUUGAUACCUCCAAGCCACCCUGGGACCCAGACUCUGAAUUUCAGCAAUUGAAACGCGAAUUCGUGUCAUGGAAGCGAUACUUACCACAAAAUCUCAAAUGGCAUUCAGGUGCAAUUUGGGCACGCAAAGAAUCCUCACAGCUGGGCGCAUUGACUUUGCUUUGGUGCACCUAUCACCAAACUCUCGUUGAUCUUUAUCGCAUCGGCAUGCCGACCCUGUUCCGUAUCCGACGAAUUGUUGAAUUCCCAUCGGAACAGAGAGAGUUCUUGGAUGAUUGUCGCAGGGUUUGCUUUAACAGUGCCCGGGAAGUUUCCAGAAUCAUCGUCGAGGCAUCAAGGCAUGGACUUCACGCCCUGGCAGAUACUUGGCUGUGCAUUAUUGCGCACGACAGUACCAAAGUUAUGCUAUACUACCUGAACCAUAUAACAGAUUCCCCGGUUGCGUUGAGUGCAUCCGAGGCAGAAGAAACGAAGGUUUUGGUCAACAGAAAUCUGCAAGCAAUCACGCAGAUGCGAUCUCUUGUGGCCACCGCGGAGCAUUGUUAUCUUUCUGUUAUCAAGAUGAUGACCGCCGCAGGUUUGCGCCCUCACCCCGCGCACAUAUUUACGGGCGAUCAAGAAUCACCCGAGAACGACGAGGUAUCAUCUGAUACACAGUCGCCUAUUCAGGAAUCCCCAGAGGCCGUGUUGAACCCACUUGCGAUCUAUCGCAUGGCUCGAUCAGCUCUGCAUGGAAAAGACGGACGAGGAUCAGCAUCGAACUCUCCAUUGACUAGCAACACAACUUCACCAGGCACGUUCCAGUCAAGAGGGACUACUCGAUUUUCGAAUCAAAACACACGAGCUCAAGGACUUCAAGCACCGUCCGAGCAAGAGCACUUCCAACAGACAUCUAUAUCUCGACCCGACAGAUUUGAUACAAUUCAUGGAUUUGACAACGCAGCCCCUUUACCAAGAUCCGAGGAUCAGUCAUUGAGCCAUGAAAUAUUCUCACAAUACCCGGCAUUUGGUCCUAGUGGCUCUUGGGAUCCCGCUGAAAUGGCCGUGAUGAACAUGCUGAACGACGGGAUCACCCCCUGGACUGCAGAGUACCUCACUGAUGGCCAAUCCGGAGUCGACCCAUUCCUGUUCCCAUUCUAA